AUGCAGAUCAUGGUACCAGAGGAUAUAACACUUUUCAGGAUCCGAUCAUAUGGAAAUUGGUGGUUGUAUAUCUACCCGUUUCUCGUUGUAUUUGGGUAUGUCAGUUCUGCGAUAAUACCUAAUCAAGAGUUAGACCGGGAACGAAAAGAGUGGUAUUGGAUUAGUGGUCGGAAUAUCAUUAACCAUACAUUUGCUUAUGAGGGAAGGUACUUUUUUGACGGUUGCUUUUUAGCUUUAUUCAUCCUUCAAUUUUACGUGAAAGCUUCCUACGACGAAUCUCUAUUACCCACAAACAAUAAUAACAAUAGUCAAAAGAAUUGGAGAGAGUGGUCUAAGAAAACAAUAAGAGUGUAUUUAUUGAAAUUUUUGAUAGUAUACGUUACAUUAUUUGCAUGUUUCUUGUUUAUUGAUCAUGUCUUCAUCUGGACUGGAGGAAGCUGUGAUAUUUCGGAUACUAAAUCUGCUCAAAAAUGUAAAUCAUUAGGAGGAGUUUGGUCAGGAGGCUUUGAUAUCAGUGGACACUUUUGUUUCUUGACAAAUAUUAGUCUAAUAUUAUGGCAAGAACUGAAGCUAUUGUUCAAUAGUAGUAAUCAAUACUAUGUGUAUUGGACAACAUUUCCGAGAGUAGUUCAUUGGCUAAUAUUAUCUAUUCUUCUAAUAUGGAUCAACAUCCUUAGUAUUACCGCAAUUUACUAUCACACCUUCCUGGAGAAGGUGCUUGGAUGUUUGCUUGGAUAUUCAUGCUUGGUACUAAUUUAUUACACCAUACCUAAAGUGAAAACUUUGAAUAAGAUACUUAUGUAG